GAUGUUGGAAGUGUGGGGGGGGGGACAUGCCCCACCCUGUACGUAUGGCAGUUACGCCCAUGCUCUGCAGUAUAAACAUGAAAAUAAUACAAAUUGUUUUGUUAAGAGAAGGGACAAUUUUACUUAUUUAUUUUCUGUUUUAGAACGGAGAAAUAACUUUCCUCCCCUGCCUAAGUUUCUAAAAAUAAAGCCGUGCUUUUACCAGAACAUUGAAGAGGAAAUCCCUGCACCCCAUCAGCAGAUGGUGCGCAGAGUUUACAUGCUUUGGAUGAUGUAUUCAGGCACACUGUGCUUAAAUGUGAUCUCGUGUAUUGCAUGGUGGGCCGGAGGUGGAAAUGCCUCAAACUUUGGGUUCUCCCUGCUUUGGUUCGUCCUUUUCAGCCCCUGUAGUUACACCUGUUGGUUCAGACCACUCUACAAAGCUUUCAGAGCUGAUAGUUCCUUCAACUUCAUGGCCUUCUUUUUCGUCUUCUUCCUUCAGUGUGUUUUAGCGCUCAUCCAGACUGUAGGCAUCUCAGGAUGGGGAACAUGCGGCUGGAUUGUCACAGUGGGCUUUUUCAGCUACAAUGUAGGCUCGGCUGUAGUGAUGCUAAUCACAGCUCUGCUCUUCACUGCAGUGACUGCUUUAAUGGCACUGGUUCUCAUCCAGGUCCACAGACUGUACCGAGGUGGUGGUGGCAGUCUGCAGCAGGCUCAACAGGAGUGGAGCACCGGAGUCUGGAAGAGUGCUCCAGUAAGAGAAGCAGGGUUCAACGCUGUUGCUCAGAUUGUACAAGGUCCAAGUUUACCUGAGUACCCUGCUGCUGUGCCCAAUUACCCCGACAACAGCCACUGGUAAUGACCAAAAACUGCCACCAGGGGGAGACGAAGAAUCGAGUUAUUUCUACAUUUCCAAGGGAAGAAACACUUCAAAACGGUCUUACUUUUGAUCAUUAACUAAAAAAUUGCAGUAGUUUUUUUUUUAUCAAAGGUGAUAGCUGUAAGAUUGAUUAAAAGGUUUAUUUACCAAAGUUUCCUAAAGCUUGUCUUCAAAAUAAGACAUUCCAUUUCAGUCUAGUUGCCAUUAAAAUGAUAAAUAUGGGGUCAAAGAAGAGAUUUGUUUUGAAAGUCUUUGUGCAUCAGAUUGAGAACUUAAGAGUCUGAACAUUUUAAUGAUUGUGUUAAGAAUGUGUGCCUUAAGGUCCUUUUUAAAGUAACGUUUUUGAUGCAAAGCUGCAUGAUGACGUAUGAUGAAUAACUUUUUUUUUCUUUUACAAGAAUACCAUCUGCAAACUGCACCAUUUAUACAGUAUCUGGAGUAUUUUUUUUUCUUUAUAUACACUGGAAGAGCUUUAAUAAUUCCAUUGUGGUUUUUGAUUUCUUACAGUGUGCCUUAUUGUUGCAAAUUUUGCAUGUGAAAAAAAUGCCUUGUCUUAAAACGCUGCUUGUUUUGUACAACUGGCCGUUAAUGUGUCAUCUUCUGCAACUGGUCCAGUUUCUUUCAUUUUUUUUAUAUUGACUGAAUGUUGAUGUUUAAUUAUUAUUGCAAGUUUGCAUGAAAACUUUCUUGAAUUUGAAAUGACCUAUCCUCAUGCAACGUGCCAUCACAAACAGGCUGAUUAAAUCCUGCAUGUACUGAUUAAGUGCAGUCAAAUUUUGGAAAUCAUUCAACUCUAUAUAAAUAAUUAAAGAAGAGUCUUUAGCCUGCCAAAACUUGCUUGAAAUGUAAAUCUGUGGUUAAAACAAAUAAAAAAUAAAAGGAAAAGCUGUUGCUGCAUCAAGUUUUGACACUCCGUUUAUCAAUUCUAGUUACAAAAGUGCCCUAGAAGGCCAAAUGUCAUAUUUCAUAUUCUGUUUUUGGUWAGUAAAGAUAAAGUGGUCAUGUUAGUAUGCUGAAGUGUACUACAACAUUUCAAUAAAUAUUCCUAUUAACACUGAAAA